AUGGUGAUCCCAUCGGGUCUAGAACCUCAUUCUUCCUCCUCAUUGCCGAAUGGAUAUAGCCACUCCAUGGCUGGUGAUCACGCCACUGCCGAUGCCGACAUUACCGCGAAAAGUGAGCGCAACUCUCCCGAGCCUGUCCAGUCCGAACCCGCCUCCGGGUCAUCCCCCGAGCCCGAUGCUGCCGAUGAUUCAUAUGAUGCCGAAUCUCCGGAUUCCGAUGCAGAGGACGAGGACAUUGUGAUGGGGAACAGCGGGGACGAGCAUGAUGGCUCUAGCCGUGAAAAUUCUUCAUCGCCGCACCCCGACCGAGGUAUGAAACGCAGGUCGCCGGCGGACGAGACCGAGUACAUGCGACAAAACCCAGAUCUUUAUGGUUUGCGUCGUAGUGGUCGGGCGCGGACUACACGCCAUCUUGUUGAUUCAUCAGAGUCCGAUUCCGAUGCAGUCGCGCCUCGCCGGAAGCGCCGGCGCAAAGAACCAUCUCAGCAGCCAUCGAAGACCUCGCGGUCGGCUACAGUAUCCUCAUUCUCGGAAUCUGACAGUGAUGAGUAUGGUGGCAAAUCGAGCAAAGCCAGGCGACGCCGAAAUAUGAAGCAAGUUGCUGGCAUGGAGCCAGCUUACACCGAGGUCCGCUUCUCGACGCGAAACGCUGCCAAGGUCUCCAACUACAAUGAAGAUGAUGGAGACGAAUCGAUCUUCGAGGAUAACCCAGACGAAAUGACCGAGAACUACUGGGCUCAGAACUAUGUGGAGGACACGAGGCCUGCUGUCGACGUCGUCCUCAAUCACCGCCUGAAGGCAGACGUUGACCCCGAGGACCCCGAUGUCGAUCGCCAUCAUUUCGAGUUCUACAUCAAAUGGCAGGACAAGUCCCACUUCCACUCAACAUGGGAACCAAACGAGGCUAUGUCCAACUACCGGAGCACGCGCCGUGUGGACAACUAUGUGCGUAAGGUGUUAAAUGAAGAUCUACGCCUGAAGCAUGACCCCGAUGCGCCUCCCGAGGACCGCGAAAAAUGGAACCUGGAUCAUGAGCGCGACGUUGAAGCAAUCGAAGACUACAAACAUGUUGAACGAGUCAUUGGUGUUCGGGAAGGCGAAGACGGCACUGAAUACCUUGUCAAGUGGAAACGCUUGUUCUACGAUUCUUGUACCUGGGAGCCGGAAGACCUCGUCAGCGAAAUUGCUCAGCGGGAAAUCGACCGCUUUUUGGAUCGUUCGGCUCGUGUUCCUGUGUCAGACAAGAACGAAACAAACCCAGCUACGCGCAAAUCAUUCGAACCGAUUCACAGUACCCCGUCGUUCCUCCAGAAUGGCGAACUCAAAGAUUUCCAAAUUAAAGGCCUGAAUUUCUUGGCUUUCAAUUGGGUGAAGGAUCGCAAUGUCGUCCUCGCGGAUGAGAUGGGUCUGGGUAAAACAGUGCAGACCGUAUCAUUCAUCAACUGGCUGCGCCACUGCAGACAUCAACAAGGUCCCUUCAUCGUCAUUGUCCCACUGUCUACUAUGCCAGCCUGGGCUGAAACCUUUGACCACUGGACCCCAGAUUUGAAUUAUGUUGUCUACAACGGUAGCGAAAAGGCACGCCAGGUUCUGCGCGAUUACGAACUGAUGGUAGACGGCAACCCCAAACGGCCCAAGUUUCAUGUGCUUCUCACGACUUAUGAGUAUGCUAUGAACGACUCGCCUUUCUUGGGACAAUUCAAAUGGCAAUUCAUGGCUAUCGACGAGGCUCACCGCCUCAAGAAUCGCGAUUCUCAGCUCUACACGAAACUAGUAGAGUGGAAGUGCCAAGCUCGUCUUCUCAUUACGGGAACUCCUAUCCAGAACAACCUUGCAGAGCUUUCAUCACUCAUGGACUUCCUCAACCCGGGCGAAAUCAAAGUUGAUGUCGACAUGGAUCUGAACUCAGAGGCUGCUUCGCAGAAGCUCGCAGAACUUACGGACGCUAUUCAACCAUUUAUGCUGCGCCGUACCAAGUCCAAGGUCGAGUCUGACCUUCCUCCCAAGACAGAGAAGAUCAUUCGUGUUGAGCUCUCAGAUGUCCAACUUGAAUAUUAUAAAAACAUUUUGACCAAGAACUACGCUGCUUUGAACGAUGGAGCGAGAGGCAUGAAGCAGUCACUCCUGAAUAUCAUGAUGGAAUUGAAGAAAGCUAGCAACCAUCCUUUCAUGUUCCCUACGGCCGAAGCCAAGAUUUUGGAAGGUUGUACACGUCGAGAGGACAUCCUUCGCUCCAUGAUCACCAGCAGUGGAAAGAUGAUGCUGCUUGAUCAGCUUCUCCGCAAAUUGCAGAAGGAUGGUCAUCGAGUUUUGAUUUUCUGUCAGAUGGUCGGAAUGCUUAAUAUCCUGAGCGAGUAUAUGGACUAUCGCGGCUACAAACACCAACGACUGGAUGGUACGAUUCCUUCUGCCGCUCGUCGUCUGGCCAUUGAGCACUACAACGCCCCCGAGAGUACGGACUUUGCUUUUCUUCUCUCCACACGAGCUGGUGGUUUGGGAAUCAACCUAAUGACUGCUGAUACUGUGGUACUUUUUGACUCUGAUUGGAACCCCCAAGCAGAUCUGCAGGCCAUGGCUCGAGCCCAUCGUAUCGGCCAGACGAAACCUGUCAGUGUCUAUCGCCUUGUUUCCAAGGAUACUAUUGAGGAAGAAGUCAUCGAGAGAGCUCGCAACAAGCUUCUGCUCGAAUUUAUCACUAUUCAGCGCGGCGUCACCGACAAGGAAGCUUCAGAGAUGCAAAAUAAGAUGUCUCGCGUCAUUGGUGAACCAAACUCGACCGAGGACAUUUCGCGCAUUCUUAAGCGUCGCGGACAGAAAAUGUUCGAGCAGACCGAUAACCAGAAGAAGCUUGAACAGCUCGAUAUCGACUCCGUUCUUGCCAAUGCUGAAUUGCACCAGACCGAGGAGACUGAACAGAUACAGGCCGAUGGUGGUGAAGAGUUUUUGAAGGCAUUUGACUUCGUUGACAUCAAGGUUGAUGAUCUGUCUUGGGAUGACAUCAUCCCCAAGGAUCAACUCGAAGAACUUAAAGAAGAGGAGAAGCGCAAGGCCGAUGAGCGAUACCUUGCCGACGUGAUUGAGCAGAACCGGCCACGCAAACGCCAAGUCACCCAAGAAACCAAGGACUCUCGGGAAGAGCGCAAGGCGAAGCGACAAGCCAGGGCACAAGUUGUUGUUGAUGAUGAUGCCGAAGAUGACAGCUCCUUGGAUCCGAAGCGCCCCCUAGGUGAAAAGGAGUACCGUGCUCUCUCGAGAGCUUUUCUUCGAUAUGGUGACAUGGCUGAUUGUGAAGAGCUCAUCCUGGAGGAUUCUCGAUUGCAAAACCGUGAUCGUGAAACCGUCCAUGCUGCCCUCCGCGAGAUUACAGAGAAGGCUGCCUCUCUCGUUGAAGAAAAUAUGCAGCAGAUCGAUGCACUAAAACAAUCUGGCAAAAACAUCACCAAGAAAGAGCAAAAGGCUGUCUUGUUUGACCACCACGGAGUUAAGCGACUUAAUGCCUGGACGAUUGUGGACCGACCACCGGACAUGCGUCUUGUGCGCAAGAUCACAGCUUCACUUCCUGACUUCAAGACCUUCCGACUCCCGGAAGCCACAAAGCUGGCUGAUUAUAGUUGUUCUUGGGGAGCCCGGGAAGACGGCAUGCUUUUGGUCGGCAUUGCCCGUCAUGGCUUUGGCGCUUGGACACAAAUCCGCGACGACACCGACCUGGGUCUCGGGGACAAAUUUUUCCUGGAGGAGCACCGUGUUGAAAGGAAAACCCAGCGUGCGCAGGGAGAAGAGAAAGCAACAAAAUCUCCUGGCGCGGUUCACUUGGUUCGUCGAGCCGAGUACCUGCUGUCCGUCCUGAGGAACAAGCAUAGCAACGGUAGCAAUGCGAAUGCCAGACGAGCAGUGGACAAUCACCAUCGAAAUAACAAGCGGAACUCCCGUGUCGGUAGUGGCAGCGUCUCUGCAUCUCCCGCCCCGUCAGCACGCAAAGGACACCGUGAGGCCGAACGGUCACGACCGCGUUCACACACCCACGGCCGGGAUGACCGCCGAGAUGAACGUCGCGAGGAUCGACGAAAUACGCCCAUCCACGACCGGCCAAGGUCCGGACAUGACCGUCCUCGUCACCGGCUGUCAGACGCGGCUCACGACGAGCGGCGUCGGAAGAGCUAUGAGAAUGGUAGUUCAAGCCGGGAAGAGGACCAGGACUCUAAAUUCUUCAGACCCAUUCGUGACAACCUCAAGCAGGUAGCCACCAUCACCUCCAAGAACUAUCCAAAUAAGGCUGAUCGGGCUAUCAAGCUCCGCAACACCAUUGAGAAGAUUGGUGGAUUCAUUCAUAAUACUUUGGGUGGUGGUGAACCCAUGCCGUCCUUGGAGAAGCGACUGUGGGACUAUGUUGCCGUGCACUACUGGCCGAACAAAGAGGUCGGGGGCGCCAAGCUCCAAUUGAUGUACGAGAAGGUCAAGGCUGCCAACAGCAAACCUGCACAACCAUCCAACGGAGCUUGA